UUCUGGUCGGGUGAAUUUACAGUUACUCUCAAACAUGGCGCUCCGCUGUAGUCGGACAUGCCGACAAUAUUUAUUACAUGUAGCCCAAGACAAUAUAGAUUUUAGACUACCGGAGAUAACGUCGUUGCUGUCCAUUCGAGGAAAGUCGUUCGACCCAGAGAACUUUAAAGAAAUGUCUCCCUUCUGGCGAUUGAACGGCUUGUCUGAGGAUGACAUACGGACAGUCAUGGGACGAACAGUAUGUGCUAAAUCAGCCUUUGAAUUAUGGGGUCAUGGAAAAACUAUGAAUGAACUAAAAUCAUCACUCCUAAAAUAUCCGACAGAGAACAUGUUGCCCUUUCUUGGAGCAGAAUCAACAUACAAAAUUAACGUUUACACAUUCAACAAGACAUUGAUCUUCAAGGACAGGCUAAAUAAAAUUGAUGCUUUGGACUUCCUAUCUUUUAAAGGGAAAGUAAACCUCAAAGACCCAGAUCACGUGUUUUGCUUGCUAGAGGACUAUGGCACUGACCCCAACAGCAUCCCUGAGGAACCUUUCCACAUGUACUUUGGCCGAUGGAUUGCAGAUGGUAAAAGAGAACUAAUCCGCUCUCAUAGUGUGAAGAAGAGGCACUUUAUUGGGAACACCAGUAUGGAUGCAGGGCUGUCUUUCAUCAUGGCCAACCACGCCAGGGUCAAAGAGCAUGACCUUGUAUGUGACCCUUUCGUUGGAACAGGAAGCCUGUUGGUAGCCUGUUCCCACUAUGGAGCCUAUGUGUGUGGGACAGACAUUGAUUACAACACAAUCCAUGGAAUAGGCAAAUCCAGCAGGAAGAGUCAGAAGUGGAGGGGUCCAGACGAAAACAUCCGGGCAAACCUUCGCCAGUACGGCAAUGAGAAGCAGUAUGUGGACGUGCUGGUGUCCGAUGCUUCCAAGCCCAUUUGGAGGAGGGGGUCCCUGUUCGAUGCCGUUAUCACAGACCCUCCCUACGGGAUCCGGGAAUCCACAAGGAGGACAGGCUCCCAUAAGGAUAUAAUUAGGCCUCCGGAGGACUACUAUGGAGAGAGCCAUGUCCCAGUGACCCUGGAGUACCGCCUGAGUGACAUCUUCACAGACCUCCUAAACUUCGCGGCUCAUCAUUUAGUAAUGGGAGGCCGGCUAGUUUACUGGCUGCCAAUCUACAGACCAGAGUACUGUGAGGAGAUGAUUCCCAUGAACCCCUGCCUGAGUCUCCUUAGCAACUGUGAGCAGGUCCUCUCCACUCACACAUCACGAAGACUCAUCACCAUGGAGAAGACCAAAGAACCAGAGGAGGAAGAUGCUCUGGCUCAACUGACAGACCCGCGCUACGGCCCGUACGAGGGACUGGACUCCUUCAGAGAUAAGUACUUCAGCGGCGUCACCAAGAGAAACAAAGAAGAAGAGCUCAGAACGCCCCCCGAUGGAAGGGAGUAACACGUCUGGCAGCGGAGCUGAUGGCCCCGAUUUGACUCGCAUUGCGUUUUUUUAUUUGUGGCGUCAAUGACUUAUUUCCAAUAAAUGAUUUUUUUAAUCUGUUUUAAAUUCA